AUGUCCAACAUCAUGAGCAACCGCAACAGCACGCCCGAGGCCACCAAUGUCUCGUCGCUGCGACCCCCUUCAUCGCGCGCGGUUGGCGCAACCACUCACGGUCUUCGUGCGUCUGCCGACAUGGCUGCCCUCUCCGGACAGGCGGCCGCUGGUCGGAUUCGACCCUCCUCCGAUUUCUACGGCCAAGCUCAAGCUGGUCAAACCCAAGGAAGUUCGGACAUGGAUGCCCAGGACAAGCUUGCCCAGCAGUGGAUUGCCGAUAUCGACCAGUAUGAGACGACUCUGGAGGAAAUGGCUGCUGCCACCCUUGAUCAGGAUUUUAAGGACGAACUGAGCGCUAUUGAGCAGUGGUUCCGUGUCCUGAGUGAGGCAGAGCGCACGGCUGCUCUCUAUGCGCUGCUCCAGCAGACUACGCAGGUCCAGAUUCGUUUCUUCAUCCAGGUUCUGCAGCAAAUGGGAAAGAACCACCCCAUGUCGGGCGUGCUCUCGCCCGCCAACUUUGAUAAGGAUCCCAUGUCGAAUCGUCUGAGCGAUGCUAUGAACAAGCUGAACGUCGACUCGGCACGUAACUCGCUGGCACGCCCGAGCGCCGGUAACGUCAAGCGCCAGUCUGGCCUUGACUCAUCGACUAUCAAUGCCAUGUUCCCGGAUGCCGCUGCGGCGAUUGCGACCGAGAAAGCCAAAUUCGCCCAGCAGACGGGAAAUGCUCCCACCUCGACUAGGAACAGUCUGGUGGAUAACCGGAACUCUCUCGUGGCCCCCACAAUCUCGGCUCCCAAGGAUGAUCCCAGUGGACAGAAUCCGGCGUCGCCGUGGGGCCCCAACGAUGCGUCCCGGCCGAAGUCUUCUUCUGGCCAAGCACCCAUGGGCCAAUUUGUGCAGCCGCCUUCCAGUGGUGCUCUGCGGUCUCCUCGCCCCCAAAUCACGGGCAACACCAACAUCCAGUCUACCACACUGACCACCGGGGAGCAGUCGCUUGCCGACCUGCCCCUUUUGUCGCCUUAUGGCGCGAGCGGCAACUGGGCGUCGAUGGUCAACACCCCGAUGGUGCCGACCUUCAACCAAUCGCAAGGGAACAACGCAGACAUGGUGGCCAAUGCCACGGCUAUGAAGUUGGCAGCGCUCUCGACUGUCAACAACCGCGUUGCGCUGGACGAUGUGCGCAAGUAUCGGCGUGCGCGCUCUAACGAUGCGCCACACCAGGCGCAAAAUCCCUUGUCGCCGGGCGCCCCUGCCAUCCCUGGGGCUAUCAUGGUUAGCGAGCACGGAGUCCCGCAGCUGAGCCGGGAGCAGAUGAUGGCGCUGCAGCAGCCGCAGAACUUGAGUUUCGCGGCUCAUCGGUCGCGGCCCAACUCGCCAGGUAUCGCUAUGCAAAGCUACGGUCCUGCCUUGGCCUUCACUUCUCCGCAGAAUAACGGAUUUCUAAGCGCAUAUGACGGAGCACCUUCGAUUAUGAACAACGGACUGGCUCCGCUUAAUUUGGCUGCCUUUGGCUUGGGUGGCCAUCAUGAAGGGUACCACUCGGACCACUCGGAAAUGGCGCGUGGCCGGUCUCCGCGUGGCCGGAGAGGCACGUCCAAGCCCCCCGAGGACCCGACAGACCCGACGCUGCUGCAGGACAUCCCGAGCUGGCUGCGGAGCCUGCGCCUGCACAAAUACACGGAUAAUCUAAAAGACAUGAAGUGGACGGACCUCAUCGAGCUGGACGACAAGCAGCUGGAGGAGCGGGGCGUCAACGCACUGGGUGCUAGGCGUAAGAUGCUCAAGGUCUUUGAGCAGGUCAAGGGUAGGUGCUGGAAACACCGAUUAACAAAGAGAAAUGUAUGCUGA